UUCACAAGGUAAGUCAUAGACCUGUUACAAGUGAUUACCCAACUUUUGUCAUUAAAUAUGCAGAAUGACAUCUCAGAUUCACCAAGGCCCUCCAAACAUUUGGUAAUUGUGUAAAUUGACUGUUAAGUCAAACACAACUUUAGUAAAAGAUCACGAAAGGAGGCCCAUUCCACAUCUUGGCUGGAGCUAGAGCACCACGGAAAGGAGGCCUGGUGCUCUGUGGCCUUGACACCUAGCCUGGAGGAGAUGGGGUUCCUUUGCUGUCUCUCUUCCUGACAGGCUCUAGCUUCCCAGGGUUUCCUGGUGGGGAGGAGGGUGAGGCCUUGCCGCCCCACCAGAGAGGCCCCUGCCCCAGGACAAGAGGCAAGUCUGGGCCCAUUUCCCCACUGGGAACUUGGCCAGCCCAGAUGUUUCCCAAAGCUCCUCCCUCUGCUUUCCUUCCCUUCUCAUUUUUUCUCACCCUCCAAACCCCUUCCUUGCCAGAUCGCUUUGCCCCAGGAUUCUGCCUUAGGCUGGGAGGGGCCAACAACCUGACUCUUCCCUCCCUGGGGUUUGACAUUGCUGGGUCUUCCCCCUCCCACCUUUGUCUGCAGACCCCCGCUCUCUGGACAGGGAAGCUGGGUAGCCAGCAGAGGAAAGUCUCCACCACAGAUGAGGGGACCCAACGAUCCAAGUAGAGAUUGUGGAGACACCCUGCCACCCCUGCCCUCUGGGGAGCUGGGCUGCCUUAGCACCGUCCAUGCCUAGGAUCCUGGGAGCUGCCCGUUGGCUAUUGGAGCUGAUGUGGACAUGGCAACAAGAGGGAAGAAGAGGACUGAGGUGGUGUCUGGAGCAACCUCCCCCCCAACAUGCAGAGAUGCGACUGCUCCUGCUGCUGCUGCUGCUGCUGCCGCCGCUGCUGCUGGCCCCGGCGCCCGCCUGCGCGGUGGAAGAACAAGUGUGGAGGAUGCUGGGACCAGCCAAGGAGCAGAGCUAGGUGGCUCGCCCCUUCAGCCACCUGUGACGUGCCUGGAACCGAACGAAGCUUCAGAGGCUCCCCAGGUGAGGUGGCAGAGUGACACCUGGGGCUCCUGGGGCCAGUGGAGCCCCUGCAGCAGGACCUGCGGAGGGGGCAUCAGCUUCCGGGAGCGUCCCUGCUACUCCCAGAGGAGAGACGGAGGCUCCAGCUGCGUGGGCCCCACCCGGAGCCACCGCUCUUGCCGCACCGAGAGCUGCCCCGAGGGCGCGCGGGACUUCCGAGCCGAGCAGUGCGCCGACUUCGACGGCGUGGCCUUCCAGGGCCGGCGCUACCGGUGGCUGCCCUACUACGGCGCCCCAAACAAGUGUGAGCUGAACUGUAUCCCCAAAGGGGAGAACUUCUACUACAAGCAUAGAGAAGCCGUGAUGGACGGGACGCCCUGCGAGCCCGGCAGCCGGGACGUCUGUGUGGAUGGCAGUUGUCGCGUUGUUGGCUGUGACCAUGAGCUAGACUCAUCCAAGCAGGAGGACAAGUGUCUGCAGUGUGGGGGUGACGGCAUGACCUGCUUCCCUGUUACAGGCACCUUUGAUGCCAAUGAUCUCAGCAGAGGCUACAACCAGAUCUUCAUUGUUCCCACGGGGGCCACCAGCAUCCGCAUUGAGGAGGCUGCUGCCAGCAGGAACUUCCUGGCGGUGAAGAAUGUUCAAGGAGAAUACUACCUCAAUGGGCACUGGACUAUCGAGGCUGCCAAGGCCCUGCCUGCAGCCAGCACCAUCCUGCAGUAUGAGCGGGGCGGUGAGGGGGACCUGGCCCCCGAGUGGCUGCAUGCCCGGGGUCCUACCUCAGAGCCCCUGGUUAUCGAGCUUCUCAGCCAGGAGCCCAACCCUGGCAUACACUACGAGUACUACCUGCCCCUGCGCUGGCCCGGCCCUGGCCCCAGCUGGAGCCACAGCUCCUGGAGAGACUGCAGUGCUGAGUGUGGCAGAGGUCACCAGUCCCGCCUGGUGUUCUGCACUGUUGAUGGCGAGGUCUACCCUGACCACAUGUGCCAGCACCAGCCACGACCAGCUGACCACCGUUCCUGCAACCCUCACCAGUGCCCACAGACCAAGCGCUGGAAGACAGGGCCAUGGAUGCCCUGCUCAGCCUCCUGUGGAGGCGGCUCCCAGGCUCGCUCUGUCUACUGUGUCUCUUCCAACGGGGCUGGUGACCAGGAGGCCACCAAGGAGGCUGAGUGCGCCAGCCUGCCUGGGAAGCCCCCUGCCACACGGGCUUGCAACUUGCAGCGUUGUGCAGCCUGGAGCCUGGAGCCCUGGGGAGAGUGUUCUGUCAGCUGUGGUGCUGGCAUCCGAAGGCGGAAUGUCACUUGCCGAGGUGAUAGGGGAUCUCUGCUCCAUGCCACAGCAUGCUCCUUGGAGGACCAGCCCCACCUCACUGAGCCCUGUGUGGGUACGGACUGUCCUGUCCUCACUGGCCAGGCCUGGCAUGUUGGUGCCUGGGGACUGUGUUCCAAGAGCUGCAGCUCGGGCACUCGGAGGCGACAGGUCAUCUGUGCGAUUGGGCCACCUAGCCACUGCGGAAGCCUGCAGCACUCACAGCCUGCGGACCUGGAGCCCUGUAACACGCAGCCCUGCCAUCUGCCCCAGGAGGUCCCCAGCAUGCAGGAUGUGACCCCACACAGGAAUCCUUGGAUGCCUGUGGGCCCUCAAGAGCCCUUUACCUCAGACUCCAGAGGCCAUUGGGGGGCAGCGCAGGAGCACCCCUCAGCCCAGGAUGAACCCAGGGGAGAUCGGGGUACCCCUCUGUCAGCCCUGGGCCCACCACCGACUUUGCAUCAGUCCUUGGUCCGGCAAUACCCCCAGUCUGGUUUGGGGCCCCAUGACUGCAGACGCAGCCCCCACGGGUGCUGCCCUGAUGGCCACACAGCAUCUCUUGGGCCCCAAUGGCAAGGCUGCCCUGGGGCCUCAUGUCAGCAGAGCAGGUACGGAUGCUGCCCGGAUGGUGUGUCUGUCGCUGAGGGGCCCCUUCACGGUGGCUGCACAAGGUCUUAUGGUGGUGACAAUGCUGGCAGCAGGCCAGGGUCAAGGGCAGUGGCUUCCACAGUCCCCAACACUCACCGUCCCCAGGCCCAGCAGAACGAGCCCAGUGAGUGCCGGGGCUCCCAGUUUGGCUGUUGCUAUGACAAUGUGGCCUCUGCAGCUGGCCCUCUUGGGGAAGGCUGUGUGGGCCAGCCCAGCUCUGCCUACCCUGUGCGGUGCCUGCUACCCAGUGCCCACGGCUCCUGCGCAGACUGGGCUGCCCGCUGGUAUUUCAUUGCCACCGUGGGCCGGUGUAACCGCUUCUGGUACGGUGGCUGCCAUGGUAAUGCCAACAACUUUGCCUCGGAGCAGGAGUGCAUGAGCAGCUGCCGCACUGGGCCUACAGCCUCUGGCCAGAGCGCCCACACAGAGGGUGGUGGCAGCGGUCCUGGUGGUCAGCAGGAGCUUAGCUGGCAUGGAAUAGGGGCCACAGUCCAGAGAAGGCCCUUGCUUUCUGGUAGCCCCUGGUGGCGAGACCAAGAACCUGGGCCAGGGGCCACCCCUCAACCCCCAAGUUUUGGACAACAGCUGUGGGGACAGGACCGGGAUGCUGUACGGCCAGUGCCACCCUUGCACAGCUCUUCUUACAGGAUUAGUUUGACAAGCUCAGAGCCCUCCCUGGUGCAGGCAGCCCUGGGACAAUUAGUGCGGCUCUUCUGUCCAGAGGACACCUCCCCAGAGCCUCAGACUGGGUGGCAGAAAGAUGGCCAACACAUCUCUUCUGACAGGCACAAGCUGCAGUCUGAUGGCUCCCUGGUCAUCAGCCCCCUGCAGGCAGAGGAUGCGGGCACCUACAGUUGUGGCAGCACCAGGCCAGGCUGGGACUCCCAGAAGAUCCAGCUUCGCAUCAUAGAGCUCACACCUCUCACUUCUGGCCUCACGACAGGGGGUAACACGGCUGGUCUGUCUGAGGCUGAGCUGAGACCCUUCCCUCAGACCGGGGACCCAGCCCAGGGCCACAGUCAUCAGGAUUCAGGCCCAGGGAGAGAUGCUGGGGGUCCAGGAGCAAUCUCCUCCUCACACCUGCUGCCUACAACCAGGCUGCGUUUGGACCGGAACCAGGCCAAGGUGGUGGAUGCCAGCCCAGGCCAGCAGAUCCGGCUGACCUGCCAUGCUGAAGGCUUCCCGCCCCCAGUCAUUGAGUGGCAUAGAGACGGGCAGCCUGUGUCUUCUCCCAGAUACCAGCUGCAGCCUGAUGGCUCUCUGGUCAUCAGCCAAGUGGUUGCAGAUGACGGUGGCUUCUAUACGUGUGUCGCUUUCAAUGGGCAGGACCGAGACCAGCGAUGGGUCCAGCUCCGAGUUCUGGGGGAGCUGAUGAUCACAGGGAUGCACCCUACUGUGACAGUACCAGAGGGGGACACUGCCAGGCUGCUGUGUGUGGUGGCAGGAGAAAGCGUGAAUAUCAGGUGGUCCAGGAAUGGGCUUCCUGUGCAGGCUGAUGGUUACCGUGUCUACCAGUCCCCAGAUGGCACACUACUGAUCCACAACUUGCUGGCUAGGGACCAGGGCUCCUACACAUGCAGCGCCUACCGGGGGAGCCAGUCAGUCAGCCGCAGCACCGAGGUGAAGGUGAUCCCACCUGCACCUGUCACCCAGCCCAGGGAUCCCGGCAGGGAGUGCAUCGAUCAGCCAGAGCUGGCCAACUGUGGUUUGAUCUUGCAGGCCCAGCUCUGUGGCAAUGAGUAUUACUCCAGUUUCUGCUGUGCCAGCUGUUUCCGAUUCCAACCUCAUGCUCAGCCCAUCUGGCAGCAAGGAUGAAGGCUCGCUCCAACUCCAGUUCCAAGACCAUUCUUAGGGCUCAGGAGAAGGGAAGAUGGACUUGCAGCUCCCCCUCUCUGGCUGGCAGUUAUCUUCUGGAGACAAUGUUUAGCCUCUCCUGUAGCCAGUGCCAGUGCCAGCCUCUGUAGUCCUCUGCAGUGUCUGCAACUCUGACAUAUGCUGAAAUCUGUUUGGGUAAGAACCACCCUUCCUUUACAGCUUCCCUUCAUAAUCUGUUGAACAGGAUCAAUCUACUACAUUUUAUUUUAAAAUUCUUCUUUAGAGACAAGAUCUUGUUCUGUCACCUAGGCUGACAUGCAGUGACACAAUCAUAGUUCACUGCAGCCGCAAAUUAUCUUUGAAUAGUUCAGGCUAUCUUUCUGCCUCAGCCUCCUGAGUAGCUGGGCCUAAUAUGUUUCCCAGGCUGGGCUUGAAUUCCUGGCCUCAAGCAAUCCUUCCACCUCGGCCUCUCAAAGCAUCAAGAUUACAGGCAUGAGGCACCAGUUUGCUGCGUUUUAAAACAAGGUGUCAGGGCUCUCACUUGAUUUAAAACUGGGCAGGGAGAUGUGUAAGGAUGUUAAAGUUAAUACUUGUCUUAUAAAGGGAAUGCCAACUCUU